CUUACAUGGAAGAACUAUCUCGGUUUUUUCGGUUUUUAAUGCUUCCUGGUUAAUUAACUUAGUAUUUGCUGAAGCAUUUGGUUGCUGAAACGUCUUGAGAGUCGAGAGUGAAACUAGACCUGUUUGUGACUGUCACGCAUUCUAACUGUGCUAGUAAAAAAUCGUUUGCACCAAGUAACGUCGCUUGUUCUGGGAAUUAUCCUCUCGAUAUUGUGACAAUGAUUUGGAGGUACACGGUAAGGUAACAUGGACUCCAAGAAAGCAAGGAAGUUAAAAGAGGGUUUUCUGGUAAAGAAGGGUCAUGUCCGUCACAACUGGAAAACAAGAUGGUUUAUUUUGUACGAUGAAGCGUUAGUGUACUUCAAGAAAAAAAAUCAGAUUAUGUACAAUGCUGGUGAGAUUCCACUAAGAGGUUGCUUUUUAGUUUCACCUUGCACAGAGUACACUAAAAAGGAGGGUGUUUUCAGAAUAACAACCAAAGAAAACAUAGAAUACUUACUCCAGGCAGCAAAUGAAGAAGAACGUGAAGAAUGGACCACAGCAAUUGCAAAUGCAGUCAGAAGAUUAGACAUAAAGUUUAAGUGUACAGAUUCUGAAGAAGUUCGCAGAAGUGUUUACCCAAGGACACCUGUGCAGUUUACACCAACACAAAUAAGGGAGAUGGUUGAGGCCAUGCAAGAUGCUGAUGCUGGAAUACCCCUUGGCACUCACAUGUGUCACGAAGAAAAUAAACUACACAAACUGUGUUUUACUGGUGAGGAAAUUACAGGGUCAUUAGUUCGUAUACUAUUUACUAUAUUACAGGGUCAUGUCCGCCAUAACUGGAAGACAAGAAAAUUCAUUCUCUGCAAAGACCCGACGAUGCUGUUCUACUGCCGACCUUCUAAGGCAUCUGUACCAGUUGGACAAAUAAAGCUUGUCAACAGUGAGGUAAAGACUCUAAAAAGCGAAGAGGAGUUUGCCGGAGCUGAGUACGACCCCGGGAGCACGAAACAAACUGCGGGGUACACAUUUCUUCUCCGAACACGAAAAGGAACCAAAUAUAUUUUUCGAGCUGCGUCCGAGGAAGACAGAAUGGACUGGGUACAAACUCUACAAACCGUCUGUGAAAAUACCUGAUUAUUGCGUGGAAGAUACUGUAAUUUAUUACAUUUAGAGGUAGAUAUCAGAAUU